AUGGCUGAGUGUUCCAUUUCUAAUGCUCCUUUGGAUUGGGAUGCUAUUGAAGAUUGGGGCUUGAAGGAAUUAAAUGGCAAAGAGGAAUGCCAUAAUUCCUCUCCUAAAACAAAAGAAUCUAUUAUGGAUUGUAUUAGAUGGGAAGCUCGAUCAAGGCUAGUGGCUAAUGGGGAAUUCAAGCAUCUCAAUCAUAGCUUAGUGUUUCGGUGGAACCUACACACCUCUGUUGGUUUGGCUGCUUUUGCUGUUGAUCUUGUGGCUUUGGUCUUGUUGACCUCUGCUACUUGUCUCUUGAGAAUAUGGGAGGAUGCUUGGCUGAGCUCCCCUCAGAGUCGAUUAACUCUUCCAAACAAUUUAGGAUGGCCCUCUGACACGCGGGUUAGUAGACUAAUUGAUACCACUACUGGAUGGUGGGAUUUAGAACUCAUACAGAGGAUCUUUGAUCAUGGGGAAGUGGCACAAAUUGAUCGUGUUCUACCGAGUCCUCUAAAACAGCCUGAUAAGCUCAUUUGGAGAGGUACCCCUUCGAGUAUUUUUACAGCAAAAAGUGCUUACAACCUGGAAGUACGGAGAAGAUCCCAGGAACAAGGAGAAAGCUCAAUGGCUGACAGUUCAAAGGAAGGAUGUCCGGCAGCUGUCGGGGUAUGGCAGGAAGGAAGUAGGAAGAUUCAAAAGUUGUCUUGCAACAGCACGGAUGGCAGGGGUCUGUUGCUGUUUUUCUUGGAUAGACUAGAAAUUGAGGAGAUGCUAGAAGCUUUGACGAUGACCAGAAUGAUAUGGCAUUGGCAAAAUACCUUUGUUUUUCAAGGGGUGUUUAGGUCUCCAACACAGGUCAUGGCAGCAGUGCACAUGUCUCUGGUUGGUUUCUCUCAAGCUAUAAAGAAGGCAGCUAAACCCUCCAAUAUCGAGACCGUGCCCGUACCACAAUGGAGCAAACCCCCACACGGCUACUGGAAAAUAAAUUGGGAUGCUGCAAUCUCAAAGGAAAAAGGAAAAAUGAGGGUCGACGUGGUAAUACGGGAUGAAGAUGGUAGAGUGGUGGCAGCUCGGGCGAAGGUGGUUUCCUUUAUUACCGAACCUGAUGCAGCAAAAUCAGUAGCAGCUUGGUUUGCAGUAGAAUUUGGAAGAAAAAUGGGAUGUAGACGGCUUAUCUUGGAAGGUGAUUCUAUGGUGGUGGUUUUGGCGUUGUGUGCGAAGGCCUCUUGUUCCCGAGCCUAUGGACAAGUGCUGGAAGACACCAUAACCAGAUUCUCCCACUUCUCUUCGGUGGACGUAUUGUUUGCUUGUAGAGAUGCGAAUCAGGCAGCUAAUGUUUUGGCAAAGUGUGCUCUAUCUCAAUGGUUGGACAACACUUGGAUCUCUGAGUGCCCCUUUGUUAUCCAACAUGUUGUAGCAACAGAUUUGUAA